GCCCGUGGCCCGCGGGGCACCGCCCCCAGCACGCAGUGCGCAGGCGCGCGGGGAGGCCGCGUUGGGGGAGGGGUUGAGAUGAGCGUACUACUCCCCAAUAUGGCGGACUUCGACACUAUCUAUGAGCUGGAGGAGGAGGAAGAGGAGGAGGAGGAGUCCGAGCCGGUGGUGAGGAGCCAGGAGCUGCCGCGGCCCCGAGACGCGCCAGACCCCGUGGCGGUACGGGGCGCCGGGCACAUCACCGUGUUUGGCUUGAGCAACAAGUUUGACACAGAAUUUCCUUCUAUUCUGACAGGGAAGGUUGCCCCAGAAGAAUUCAAGACCAGCAUCAGUCGUGUGAAUGCGUGUUUAAGAAAGAAUCUUCCUGUUAAUGUAAAAUGGCUGCUUUGUGGCUGUCUGUGCUGCUGCUGCACGCUGGGCUGUAGCCUGUGGCCUGUAGUCUGUCUUAACAAAAGAACUAGAAGAUCAAUUCAGAAGUUAUUAGAAUGGGAAAAUAACAGACUAUAUCAUAAGCUUGGUUUGCACUGGAAGCUGAGUAAAAGGAAAUGCGAAACUAGCAAUAUGAUGGAAUAUGUAAUAUUAAUAGAGUUCUUACCAAAAUAUCCCAUAUUUCGACCUGACUGAGGAACAGCGUUUGGUCUUUCAUGUUACCUGUCAUUUUCUACCCUUAGUGCCUUGUAGAUGAUUUUGGAAAGAAGAUGGUCUACUUUGCUGUGAUUUAAAAAUGUUCUUCAGUAGAAUAUCUUCCUUGCUAUGUUACUUUCUUUUGUUUAAGAAGAGAACAAUUUGCACAUUUUUUUAUGUUAAAUGAGGCUUCUAUGUUGCACUCUGAAUUUUUAACGUUAACAAUAACUGAUAUAGUUGCCACUAGGGAUCUAACAUCAGUGCUGCUUAAACUUGUUCUGAGCAUGCUGCCUUAUUAAUUUCUAUAUUUGCUGUCCUUAAAACAUAAAUCCUAAUGCCAUGUCAUACUGUAUUUCAUCCUAAAUGUCGCACUCCUGUAAUCCUCAGUAGAAACGUCCAGGUAAGCUUCUAGUAGUAAUGAUUUUAGUAUAACUUGCUUGCAUAGGACUCGCAAUUAACAGCACUGGUUUUGUCCUGCACUUUGCAAAAUCAUCAUUUACAUUAGGGGGUUAAUUAUUUCACCCACUAUGGAUUUGUAAAUAUCGACUCUUUGCAUAAUGUAAAGUGUGGUAUGCCAAGGUUUACAGAAUGUAAUAUAGCUCUUAUUAUUCCAUUGCCAACAAUUCUGCAUAGUUUUAUUCAUUACAUUUGUUAGCAUCCCUCUGAUUGUAUAGACCCAUUCACAUGCUGUUUUUAUGGUAAAGCCAUAAUGAGUUUGUACAUACUAUCAGAUGUGUAGGGCUCAGUUGCACUUUGUUUAGUAAAUGGAUGAAAAAUGCAUAGCAUUUCUGGUUUGGUUUUUUUUUUUCCUUUUAAUUUCAGGUAUCAUUUAUAGUACCUGAAAUAAGAACCUUAAAUACUGUUCAUCUUUGAAAAAAAUCACAUUUGUGGAAUAGACAGUAGCUGCUAUUAUCAAAAUAUCCUAAAGCCUAAUUUUCAAACUAGGCUUAUAUGGUUGUUGGUUUGGUGGAUUUGGGGGUUUAUUUGUUUGUUUUUAAGUAAGGAAAAAAUGUUUCAUAAUUGGAUACCUUCAUUACUAAGGAGAAAAAAAUGGAGCUAAGUAAUACUGCAUCCUUUCUAGUGGAGAUAAAUUUUACCUAAAUCAGAGUAGCAUUCCAGAAUAUGCUGAUGGGAGGAAGUAGAUCAGUUGAAUGGGUUCGUGCAUGUUUUGGUGGAUGGCAUGCAAGUGCAGUCUGCACAGCCACAAAUGCCUUGUGGAAUUCACCAGUAUUUUGGACUCUUCCAUGUUUGUCUGAUCUCGGAAAGGGGAGUAAUUGUAGAAGGAUUUCCCGGAACAUCUGGCCUAAGUAAGACCAUUUGGUAAUAGUAAGUGAUGAAAAAUGAUGCAGGAUCUCUGCCUUUUCUAAUUAGAAAUAAGAAGUAAAACAGCAGAUGACUUAGUGUCUGUAAGUUGUGAUGAAUAUCAUCGUAAGUGUCCAAGCAUUUCUUUGCAGCUACUUGACUCCUCCUGAUGCCAUCUGAAGUUUUUCAGUUUCAUGGUGACUUGGGAUUUCCUCUGAAUGUACUUACAUCUUUUCAGUAUGCAAUAUUGUAUUAAAAUAAAGUAUUUGUAAAACUCUUUCAUUCUAAUAGCUGUAGUAGGCAAGAUUUCUAGUACACAGUGUUUAGGGGAGGCCAGUUUUAUGCAAGCUGUUCUGAAUCAAUUGUCUCAUCAUUCUUACUGUACAGCUGAGGAAUGUCAGACUCCAGAGCUUACAGUAGUUUCCAAUCAGACUGAUGCUUCAGACUCUGAAAUCUGUAUGCUUAGUGCAAAGGUUUCAUUUGACACCUAGUAGAUGGGUGGCAACUAAUGUUCAGUUGCAUUCAUAACAUAAUUUAAAGAAUAAAACACUGUAGUGUCUGAAUUUAACAUUAGCUACAGCUUGCAACUCAGACUUGCACCACAGAACCAUCUAGAGUAUUUAGUCCACUGUAUUUAUUUCUUAGGAUGAGUGUUAACUAACUGGAAGCAGAAGAGAUGCUUAAUGGUAGAAAAAUACAGUGUAAACCAAAAUGGAAAUAGCACAUCCAAUUCUAUGUGUAUUUCCCAUACAAGUAAGUUCCUGGGCAGCAAAUAAAGGGAGCUUAGCUUAAUUAGUUUUGCUAACUUAGAAUGAUGGAACUUUCUUACUGUUAUGCCAGAAUUUUGCUGUUAAUCAUUUCCUUUUUGUGUAGGAAAGUCAAAAAAAAAAAAUCUCAGCAGGUUCAUAUUUUUCUUGUGUGACUACAUUUUCAAGGCAUUCCUUUCAAACUGAGAGAACAGGCAAGCCAAGUAAGAGUUCUAUUAAUUGCCAGUGUUGAAUACUGAACAGUUCAUCGGUCUCGUUGCUAACAGAAAUCCUCUCCAGUCUGUGCUGACUUCAUCGUAUUCAAAAUCUCUCCAUCUGAUUUGUCUUCUGUGAAGUGCUGUGCCAAGCUGAGAGAAUACCCUGAGCUUUCCUACUUAAGCACUAUAUUUCAUGGAAUAUGAACUUAAAAGGUUUACAUUUAGUGCAUAAAUUCUAUAAAUAUUACUUUAUGCUAAAUUAUGAAUUGUAUAAUCUUCAACACAUGAAAGGGUCUUUUCUUUUUGUUUUUUAAUAGGCAUCUAAAGUUGUGCCCAUAAAGCAACUUGUAAAGAAUGAGAGCCAAAACAGCAAUUUUUAGCAAGCUCCAUAUUUUAAUAAUUAAACAGAUUUGCAUUAAAAUGCAAAACCAGCAUGCAAUACUAUUUGCAUCUGAAAGACACAGGUUCCGUAGCUCAUUUAAAGAUGAAGGCAGCUGUAAGUACUGCUGUGAACUAUGUGCACUAUGUUCUGCCUACAGGUUCUCUUUUGCCUAGGCUGUCCUUUGGUUUAUUAUCAGAACAUUCAGCAGAUGAUUAUAUUUUGUAAGACUAAAAAACUCAUUUUAAGAGUAAGAAGUCAGCAUGAAUUAGUAAAACCAUUUAUGAAAGAUGCUUGUUAAUUGGAGAGAGAAUUCAUAGAAAUAUAACAGAUUGAUGUUAGCAAAGUGUAGUAGUAAGGGUAAAGAAAGUGCCUUGACUGGUUCCAACAAAAGAGAAAAUACUGGGCCAAGAAUGAAGAGAAAAGGGAACUAGUAACAGUAUUUAGUGUGAGUUUGCAGCAAUUUUUUAAAAGCAGAUACAGAAAUAGUGUCUGCCUAAUCAGUGUUUGAUUUUUCACAUAAACAUGUUGACACUUAUUUUCCUUUCUAGUUUUGUAUCUAGGACGUUUUUGUAUCUUAAGAAGUAUUAAGUGUCAAAGAAUGAGUGGAGUAGCAAAGCUCUAACCUACUGAUUUUUCCAUUUGCAUCUGUGAAAUUGUUUUACUCUAGGAGGAAAAAGACAUAUGUUUUAAGACUCAUACAGACACAUCUAGGAAAUGUGGAUUUGAUUGUAUAUGAAUGACUAAAAUGAAACAUUUUUGCUAAAUCUAGUGUAGUCUUGAUAAAUACAAAUGUUCCUAUGCUUUUCUUGAUAGGUACAGAACUCCAUAUGCAAAAACAAAUAUAUGCGUAUUAGUGUCCCACUAUGACAUUUUACUACACUUACUUGUAAACACACUACCAUUGGAGCAAUAAAAGUGUCAAGCUAUUAAUAUUCAGUGUAAAUAGUUUAUCCUUUUAGUAAACAAUAUGUGAUUCUUCUGCAAUUUUUUGUUUGUUUUCUGCUUUUGGUGUACUUACAAAGUUGUAACUUUACUUGUAUUGCUUAAGAAAAGUGGUUUCGUUUAAGUUGUAUGAAAAUUCUUUUUAAUGGCGCUCUUUUUAUUUUUAUUCUGUUUACAAGUGAACAGCCACUUUUUUAAUAGGACCUCACACCUUGAAAGGUUUUUUUGUUGUUUUGUUUUUUUUAAUAAAAUUCUAACUGAGCUCUAUAUCUACAACUUACUGCACUGGCUUGUGCCAUUAAAAGAAGCUGGAAGUCAGACGUGCUUAAUCACUUUGAGACAUUUUUCUUUAAUUAAAUUUAAAGAUGAAAACCUUUAAA